GUCCUGCAGACCAGCCUGACACCAGCCAUGUGGUGGGCAGCAUCAGGUGGGCGGCCCUUAAAAGUUUGAACAUGUAAUUUGACAGGGGCUGCAGUGCCCCCCGAUGCCUGGCUCCGCUGACUUCACCUCCCACCUGUUGGGUGAUUUUCCUCUACAAUGCUUGUCAAGAAGCAGAAAUCAGGAUGUCUCAGUGGCCUCACCCGUUGGUACAUUUAUGCGAUCCAUGGACUUUUAUGUGAAAUACUAUUUACAGCGUCCUGGGAUUUCAUCCUCACCUGCAACCAGAAGGUGAUUGGUGUGAGCAGCAUCUGGGCCAUGUUUAUAUACGGAACUGCCAUAUUCGUCAUAGAGAAAAUGUUCCUCCAUCUGGAAGACAAAUGCCAUCUUCUCUCUAGAUGUCUCCUAUACCUUCUCUGGACAUACGUUUGGGAGUUCUCCACUGGUUUUCUCCUGAAGACCUUUAAUGCCUGUCCAUGGGAUUACUCUCAUUUCUCUGGAAACAUCAUGGGGCUCAUAACCUUGGAGUACGCGGUGCCUUGGUAUUUUGGCUGUAUGAUAGCGGAACAAGUGGUGAUCAAAAACACAUUACGACUGCAAUUUAUCCAGGAUGGUCAGAAAAACUGCAAAGGACGAUAACAUUCGUCUUCAUACAUACCCCCCUCCGGCACUUGUUGUGCAAGGACCUAACCAUUCACUUUAAUAGAGGGUCACAGUUCAACCUAAG